UCUCCCCGGGGCCGUGGGCAGGGUUGCUGGGCUGGGCUGGGCUCCGGGCCGCUAUAUAACUGCAGCCCGCGGGCGGCUCCUUCACCCCAGCCCCGCGCCUCCUUCACACCCGCAGCCCGCUCCGUUGUCUUGGAUCUACCCACCCAGCUCUGCAGAGAUGGCAUGUCCUCUGGACGAGGCCAUCAAGCUCUUGGUUGCCGUUUUCCACAAGUACUCGGGAAAGGAAGGGGACAAGCAUACGCUGAGCAAGAAGGAGCUGAAGGAGCUAAUCCAGAAGGAGCUGACCAUUGGGCCGAAACUGAAGGAUGCUGAAAUUGUUGGGCUCAUGGAGGACCUGGACCAGAACAAGGACCAGGAAGUCAACUUCCAGGAGUACGUCACUUUCCUAGGGGUCCUGGCCAUGAUUUACAACGAGGUUUUGACGGGAUAAGAAGUAGACGGGCCGAAGCAGCAUGCUGGGGACUGCGCCCUGAUGAGUCACUGCGUAUCCAAUAAAAUUUUGUUUUGUACAUUG